CGCACCACGCAACUUUGACUGCCCAGUUGAGGCUUUACACACAUUUUGGUGAAACUGGAUCAUAUUUUAUGGGUAAAAUAUAUUUUCAUCUAUUUCCCCUCUGAUGUCCGGGGCUGGCCUUCUUGCUUUGGGAUCAGUAGGCUAAGUAUUACCUGGCUUAUUAUGCCGUGUGUUUUUGCACUUGCUUGAUGUUUUGCUAUGUUUGUAAAGUUGUUGACUCAGUUUUGAUAAGUAAUGUGAACAUAAUGUGUUCCAUUCAUAUUUAUGACUCUAAAACUGUAGGGGCGCCAAAUGACAAAAAUACCAUUUUCUGCAUAAUGUUGCUUUAAUAGCCUGCAUGAAAAAAACAUAAAUGCCCUUUCCAUUAUGUUUUCUAAAUAAAAUAAAACUAUUUCAGGUUUGAUUGGCAGGCUCUUUUAAUUAUGUCAUCUUGUCUUACCCAGCCAUCUUCUUCUGCAAUAGUACAACACCACUUGACUGGAGAUUUAGCGCCACCUACUGCUUUUCUAGAAGAACAAACUCUUAAUAUAGAUAAAUUGCCUAUGUUUGUUGUUUGCAAUUUUAUUACAAUUUGCACUGCAAUUGUUUGGGGGCUUGACAUCAUAAAUGUCAUGGGUUUAGUAACAAUUAAUUAAGCCAGUGCCUUAAAGUUGCAGCAUCUCCCUUUAGCCACAUUAGUCUGCCACCAGCAGCCUGACAGCCUUGUUAACAAACUGCCUCCUGGGACUGGCGGUUUGGAGUUGUGAAUGGGGGGGCGGUGUUAGUGGUGGUGUUGGGGCGGCGGGUAGAGUGAAACAGAUGCAGCUCUCCUGCUGGAGGAGCGCACAGAGAAAAGCGCAGUCCGCUGAGCGGCACACAGCAGCGGUCUAUCUCACCGCACACAUCUGAACGCGCUCAGCCUCGCGCCUCUCCACGCACCUUUACAUAAUAAAAAGGAGUUUUGAAGAAAUUGAGGAUUUUUAUGAAGAAAACUCCAAACUAAAGACAGGAUGGAUCCUUCACAGCUGGUCUUUCUACUGCUCUUCUACGGAUAUCUGCCAAAAGUGUUAUCGGUGCAGAUGUGUGAUGUGAUGAAUGAGAUCGAGCUGGAGAAGGAGCGCUGCGAUAACAGCACCUUUGGGAACGUCACUUCAGGCUGCCAAGGCAUGUGGGAUAUCAUCGCCUGUUGGCCGUCAGCCAGCGUCGGCGAGGUGGUUACAAUAACCUGCCCCACUUACUUCAGUUACUUCAGCGACGAGCACAAAGGCAACCUCUCCAAAACCUGCACAGAAGACGGCUGGACUGAGAUGCAUCCCAUUGACAUCGCCAUGAACUGUGGAUACAAUCUCAACAGCACCAGUGAUGAUGGCAAGUUUUUCUGGCAAGUGAAGAUCGGCUACACCAUCGGACACAGUGUUUCCCUCAUAUCUCUCACCACAGCCAUCGUCAUCCUCUGCAUCUUCAGGAAACUCCACUGCACAAGGAAUUACAUCCACAUGCAUCUGUUUGUGUCGUUCAUCCUGAAGGCCAUCGCUGUGUUCAUCAAGGAUGUUGUUCUCUACGAGGUCGGGGAAGUGGACAACUGCACCUCAGGCUCUGUUGGCUGCAAGGUAGCGAUUGUGUUCUUCCAGUACUGUAUAAUGGCCAGUUUCUUCUGGCUGCUGGUGGAGGGUCUUUAUCUUCACGCGUUGCUGGCUGUUUCUUUCUUCUCCGAGAGGAAGUACUUCUGGGCUUACAUUCUGAUCGGCUGGGGAGGGCCGACAAUUUUCAUCACAGCGUGGAGCAUCACUAAAGCUUACUAUUACGAUGUGGGGUGCUGGGAUAUAAUCGAGAAUACUGAUGUGUUCUGGUGGAUCAUUAAAACGCCUAUUUUGGCAUCAAUUCUGAUGAACUUCAUUCUAUUCAUCUGCAUCAUACGAAUACUUCGGCAGAAAAUCAACUGCCCCGAUAUUGGAAGAAAUGAGUCCAACCAAUACUCGAGGCUGGCGAAAUCAACGCUGCUUCUGAUUCCUCUGUUUGGGAUCAAUUUUAUCGUGUUUGCAUUCAUCCCUGAGCAAGUGAAGACGGAGCUGCGGCUGGUUUUUGACUUGAUUCUGGGGUCGUUUCAGGGCUUCGUGGUCGCCGUUCUUUACUGCUUCCUCAACGGAGAGGUUCAAGGGGAGAUCAAGAGGAAGUGGCGGAGGUGGCACCUGCAGAGAUAUAUGGGCUCUGACACCAAAUACCAACACCCGUCUAUCGGCAGCAGCAACAAUUUCAGCACCCAGAUCACCAUGUUGACACGCUGCAGCCCCAAAACACGCCGGGCUUCAUCCUCCUGUCACGACGACCUGUCUAGCAUAUGACUCACCCAACAGUGUUAUAUAUUGCUGUACAAAAUACUCGGAUGCCAAACUGACAGAAAAAGAAAUACACACUCCCUCAUUAGUGCACUCUUUGUGCUUGGGUGUGAGAGUCAUGAGAAGACAGAAAAAGAAAAAAAAAGUGUGACAUCUUCCAAGCAGCUUUCAAUCUUCAUGCUUCUUAAACAAAAAGGUGACAAAGAAACAAGCGCAUUGCUUCACAAGCACAGCUUUUGCACAUUUGAAUGAGAACCAUUUUGUAUUUUAUGAUUCAGUGCACAUGUACAGGUUAUUUUGUCAUUCAUAUGGUCGAUCAUUAUUAAGUUCCAUGUGUGCUCAGACACCAGGCGAUGCAAAAUGUCACUUAUAAGUGGGGUUAGGUGAGGGAAUCUGAAUGUGAACUGAAGCAGCAGUGCAACAAUUUUAUUGAAUUAAACGCUGAUUAAAAAUCACUCAGUGGUUUCCUGCAGCUCCAAAUGAACAGGACUGGUGUGAAGGCACAGCCGUUAGAAGAAAAGGAGCUGACGCAGGAUAUCACGUUAUCUAUAAUGUUACCAAGUGUGCAGCAACACCACAGGCAAAGGAGAGCACCUGAAAAUGCAUUAAGGGGGUGUAUUUGAAUGUGAGCAGUGAUGGAAAGUACAUUUUAAAGUAUUUUUAGGCGACCAAUAAGAAUAAAACAGGGCAACAUUUUAUGUUUUUCUCAUUGUGUCGGAAGACAGAAGUGGCUGAUUACUAGCAGGGAGCUUUUUUUCCAUAAAUGCCGACCAGAUGAGACUUCAGAUCGACUGACGGUGUGACGCUGAUUCACAAUUAUGGGUUUGGAGGAUAAAUGCCCUUUUCUGCACUAUCACUCUCACAAGAGACUGAUUGCCCUUUGCAUUCCUUUUUAUCAGUACAACCCUUCUUGUUUUGUGUGAUUCUGACCCUGUGAUACUUUUGUUUCUUUUAUUUUCAAGGCACUGUGCCAAUCACUGACGAGUGCCUGGUCUCAGUGUUUUCUAGUGACACUCUGAAUCAAAUCUUCACCGACUGCCGGCUGCUCUGUCUGGAGAGGAAAUGCCUUUAAGGAAUUCAGUCCUUGAAUGUUUACAUUUACGGAGGAAGAGUCAUUUAACAUUGUACAGACAUAUAUACAGUGUAAAGAAAACUAAUUACGCUGGAUUGUUGUGCCAUACUGGUGGCAUUGUGGCUACAGUAUCUGUAAUGUAACUGUAAUUGUUGUUCGUUCAUGUUAUUGCAACAUGUGAGAUUUAAAGCCUCGCCAAGGACAUGAAAUGAUCUCGUACAAGAUUGUUUGUAAAGCAGUCUUUGACACAGCAUAACAGCUCAAUAAAAGGCACUGCAUUACACUGAAAAACAGCCAUCAGACUUGUACAGAGAAGCUUUCCUGGUGGUGCUUUGGUAGAUUGGUCUAUUAUUGUGGAAAAAUAUCUCCUGAAAUCUCCAUUGACUUGUCAGGUUUAAGCUUAUCCACUGGCAGAGUUUGAACCUGACAUGUCCAGUGGAGCCGGUUUGUAAAGCAAAGCGAGGUGACAAGGAUGACUGGUCCUGUCACAGUGAUUGUGCUGUACACUUUACAACGUUAGACUUGAAAGUCACAUGCAUGUUUAUGCAAGAAGGAACAUGCAGACGGUCCAGCCUUACCUGAAGAAAAGAAAUCAUCAUCUCAAGCUGUGGCCCGUUAAAGGGGUCGGAUCAGUGCAGAGUAUGAUGUAAGAUUAAAGGCCUUCAUUUGGGAUGUUUUGCUGGUGACAAAAGCUUAUUGCAUUUUCGGGAAAUAUACACUUUGAGUUGAAUUGAUGAGAUGAUUGUUACCACUCUGCUCUCUCCUUCCCAGGUUUUUUUUGUUUUCCCUAGCUCCGUCCUACUGUGCUGUGAUUGGCUGGUACUGUUGUGCUGUGAUUUGGACCUAUGAAAUAGAUAUAAAAUGUUAAUUAUUGAGCUUUUGAUGUGCUUGUAGGUGGAUUUUGUUAAGUUCAAAACUGAGCCGAGCUGUUUCCCCCGUGCUUCCAGUGUUUAUGCUAAGCUAAGAUAACCAGCUGCUGAAACAGAUGUUUUGUUUUUUUGUUUUUUUACCACAUUUGUUUCACCUAGUCCUGCCCUGCUGUGAUGUAAUUGGCUAGUAUUUACCUGGACCUGUCCAUGUGAUUGGAUGAUCUGCAGCGCUACUGUGGUGGAUUACCAAGCUAGCUUGCUAACUAGCCAGCCAAGUAAAAAUCAACAACGUAAUCCUUCAUGGAGGUCUAAUUCCCAGCUCAUCUCAGAAAUCUGUGUCUGAAUGCAGACUCUGUAGGUAGUGGGACAUUUUCUGGGUAUCCAAAGCAUUCUGGUUUUCUUUUGUAGUCCUGAAUAGUAUUGACCAAUCUGCGAUGGAUUCCAACAAAGCAAAUAAGAAUAUUUCCCCAAAUGUCAAACUGUUUCCCUUAAAGACGCAUUUCCCACAUUGUUUGGUGCCUGUUUUCUGUUGUCAGUUAAUGUAAUUGUGUGAAUUUGCCAAUGUACCUCUCAUAAUGGUGAAUGUAAAUAGUCAUGUACAGUGCUGAAGAAGCAAUCCAGUAUACAGUGAUUUUAAAUUCUGUGCAGAAGAUAUUAUCUUUUAGUGUUUCGGUGACCUAGCAUGGUUGUUUUGUAUCAGUGGGAUAAUAUUAAAAAGUGAUAUAAUAAUAUCAACAAUCAUUCAAAUGUGCACUUACAGUACGUAUUCAGUGGUGAAGCAUGUGUAAUAUAGAUUUGUUUAUUUGCAAACUGGAUAUUGUGUUGUGUAUAUUUAAGAUUUGAUAUUUGAUUUGUUUGUGCAAUGUGUAACACUGGUGCAAUGCAUACCAUUAUGAAGCUACAGAUGUAAAGUAUGUACUUUAUUAGCUUUAGUUCACAUUUGUGUACACACAAGGUAACGUCUUGGGUAAUAAAAGGUUUUUUAUAUAUUAUUAUUAUUAUUAUUGAUUUUGUUGUACAAUGUAUGUAGAGACUCCUGUCUUUGCAGGAAAUCUAACUUUCCAAAGAAUUUUGUUCCACUCAAACAUGUUGAAAUGAAUUAUUUAG